GUGUGUAUGUGUACACAUAUAUACAUGCAUGAGAUGAUAAUUUAUGUGGGUGUAGCCUGCAACACCACUUUCAGUUCUACUUUCCUGUUAUAAUUAUAUCUCUAGGGUUAGUUCAAAGUCUGCUACAAAAGGAUUUUUCUGUACACUCUCUUGGAGAAGAAUAGCUCAUGGGCUAAUCAAGGCUGAAUUCCAGGUACAUGAUGAGUGAAUCAUCUGAUAGCAAACACUGAGCAUUGAUAAAACAGAUUAGGAGACUGUGUGCCUAGGGCUAAGGAGGAAAAUACGUCUUGCCGGUCAUUUCAAAGAGAGGGUGAGAGAGAGGUAGGAGAAGCCUUAGCUUUCACACAGUAUGCUCUUACCAUAGACCCAGACUUCUGUGGGUCGGCACAUUUAAAAGGACUCAUAAUGUUACUGCUCUUAUGCCCAUCAGAUCUCCUAGGUGGGAAUUCCCCUGUUUACAUAGCCAAGCAGAGAUUUGAAGUGGGAAGGAAACAGCAGCAUAAGAGGAAGCUGGGUAAAGAGCAAUCGGCAAGAGAGAGCUGAAACAACAGAAGUUAACUGGUGUGGAGGCGCCGGAGCUGCAGCUGGCAUCCCUGGGAAUCUCUUCUGCACAGAGCACUGUGUUAUGCAGUCAGACUUACAAGACCAAAAAAGUCCCAUAAAAGAGCCUCAGCUGUACAGCAGGCAAAAGAAUGACUACACACACCUGGCAAAUGUGGGCCAUCUACGUGGUCUUAGCUGCAAACUUCUCUGAAGAGCAAGUGCUGGAGCAGGCUUGUCCUUCGUGCGAUGCCACUCAGCUUUGCAACUGCUCUUCCAUGGGCUUGGACUUUGUUCCCCCAGGGCUCACGGGCAAAAUCACAGUGUUAAACCUGGCCCACAAUAGGAUAAAGCACAUCCGAUCCCAGGAUCUGCAGCAGGCUGUGAACCUGAGAGCCCUGCUGCUGCAGUCCAACGAAAUCAGCUCCAUAGACAAGGACUCGUUUCGCUCCCUUGGGAAACUGGAGCUCUUGGACUUAUCAAAUAACAGCUUGGCUCACUUGUACCCUGCAUGGUUUGGGCACCUUUUUUCGCUCCAGCACCUCCACCUUCAAGGGAACUCCUACAGAGAGCUGGGGGAAAGCUCCCCCUUUUCUAGCCUGAGGAACCUGAGCUCUCUCCACCUGGGCAACCCGCAGUUCUCCACGCUAAGGCGAGGGAACUUUGAGGGCAUUGAGUUUCUUGACAAGUUGUGGAUUGACGGUGGCAAUCUCAGUCAGUAUGAGCCAGGAAGUUUGAAAUCAAUUAAGAAGAUAAAUCACAUGAUCAUAAACGUAAGAAGUACUAAUAUAUUCUCAGCAGUCGUCAGGGACCUUCUGCACUCUGUCACUUGGUUAGAAGUGAGAAAAAUAGCAUUCAAUAUACCUGGUGAAAUGCAACUAUUGAGAGUUAUGUCGUCUUCAUUUGCAAAGAAAAUUUCUUUUAAACAGACCUUAUUAACAGAUGCUACUGUGCCUAAGAUUGUCAGCAUUUUAGAAAACAUGCCACAGUUAGAGGAGGUGGAGAUGAUAGACUGUAGACUCUUGGGAACUGGACGAUGGCAAACACAUAUUAAAGCAAACCAAUCACGUACUCUUAGAGUUCUGACAAUAGAGAAAUUAUCUAUAGAAGAAUUUUAUUUGUUUACAGAUCUUCAAGCUGUGCAAGGUCUACUAUCUCUUCUUACCAAAAUCACAGUUGAAAACACCAAGGUGUUUUUGGUACCAUGCAGACUUUCACAACAGCUUCUGUCAUUAGAGUAUCUCGACCUUAGUGCAAAUUUGCUUGGAGACCAGAGUUUGGAGCAUUCAGCCUGUCAGGGUGGUUGGCCUUCACUACAAAUUCUAAAUUUAAGUCAGAAUUCACUGAGUGACUUAGAAAUGACGGUUAAAAGUUUGUCUCAUCUAAGAAACCUAAUUCUCUUAGACAUUAGCCAAAAUAAUUUUGGUGAGAUUCCAGAUGUGUGUGAAUGGCCCCAAACCCUGAAAUAUUUAAACCUCUCCAGCACUCAAAUUCCUACACUAACGACUUGCAUUCCCCCAACGCUGGAAGUUUUGGAUGUUAGCGCUAACAACCUGAAGGAGUUUGGACUGCAACUCCCAUUUCUCAAAGAGCUGUACCUCGCAAAAAACCAGCUGAAGGCCUUGCCUGGUGCCGCGCCCGUUCCUAACUUAGUGGCCAUGUCAAUCAGAAGAAACAAGCUCAACAGUUUCUCCAGGGAAGAGUUUGAGUCCUUCAGGAAAAUGGAGCUGCUGGACGCCAGCGACAACAACUUCAUCUGCUCCUGUGAAUUCCUCUCCUUCAUCCACCACGAGGCUGGCAUAGCCCAGGUGCUGGUGGGGUGGCCGGAGAAGUAUGUCUGUGACUCUCCGCUGGCAGUGAGAGGGACGCAGGUUGGAGCCGUGCAUCUCUCCCUGAUGGAGUGCCACAGGUCCCUCAUAGUGUCGUCGAUCUGCGUCCUGCUGUUCCUGGUCAUCCUCAUCCUGGUGGCCAUCGGCUACAAGUACCACGCGGUCUGGUACCUGAGAAUGACCUGGGCAUGGCUCCAAGCCAAGCGGAAGCCCAAGCGAGCCCCCCUGAAGGACAUCUGCUACGACGCUUUUGUCUCCUACAGCGAGAACGACUCCGACUGGGUGGAAAACAUCAUGGUGCGGGAGCUGGAGCAGGCCUGCCCCCCCUUUCGGCUCUGCCUCCACAAGCGGGACUUUGUGCCUGGGAAGUGGAUCGUGGACAACAUCAUCGACUCCAUAGAGAAGAGCCACAAAACGCUCUUUGUGCUGUCCGAGCACUUUGUGCAGAGCGAGUGGUGCAAAUACGAGCUGGACUUCUCGCACUUCCGCCUCUUUGACGAGAACAACGAUGCAGCGAUUCUCGUCCUCCUGGAGCCCAUCCAGAGCAAGGCGAUUCCCAAGAGGUUCUGCAAGCUGCGGAAGAUCAUGAACACAAAGACCUACCUGGAGUGGCCUCUUGAAGAAGAGCAGCAGGAGAUGUUUUGGUUUAAUUUGAAAAUAGCUCUAAAAUCCUAGACAGGGACAUUAAAGAAUGAAUAUGUAGCAAAUGUACUCUGGAUUUUUUCCCUUGCCUGUUCAUCCCAUCACCUAUCUGUACCUUGAGAAUAGAGAGCUGUGCUACUGUAAAUUCUAUUACUUGCUGUGAGAUUAUUUUCUUUUUGUAGCCAUGGUCAUGAAUCAUUUUACUGGUUUGGACUGGAAUAGAGUUAAUUUUCUACAUAGUUGCUCCUGUGGUGCUGUGGUUUGGAUUUGUGACCAAAACAGUUUUGAUAACACAGGGAUGUUCUAGUUAUUGUUGAACAGUGCUUGCACAGUAUCAAGGUCUUUUCUGUUUCUCACGCUGUUGUGCCACUGAGUAGGCCAUGUGUGUGUGAUAAUUUGGGAGGGGACACAGCAGAUCCCAGCUGACCAAAGGGAUGUCCCAUACCAUAUAAUCUCAUGCUUGGCAAUAAAAGUUGUCAGAAAGAAAGGUGAA